UGGUGGUUUCCAUAUAUUUGUUUUUUUACGUAAUCGCGGAUAAUAAUUGCCCAAAUGGAAAUGGGUAUUGAAUCAAUUACUUUAUAUGCCGACAAUGACUUUGUGGAAUUGGGUAUCAUCACUCAUAUUAUUGGCUUUUGCUUUGUUCUACUAUUCUCACACGAACCCAUCUCCUCCUUCUCUCAUGGCUGAAGAAACCUCCAAAUCCAUCUACGAUUUCACCGUCAAGGACAUCCGUGGAAAUGAUGUGAGUCUCGGUCAAUACAGUGGGAAGGUUCUACUGAUUGUGAAUGUUGCCUCACAAUGUGGUUUGACACAAACAAAUUACAAAGAAUUGAAUGUACUGUACGAGAAGUACAAGAAUCAAGGGCUUGAAAUCUUGGCAUUUCCAUGCAACCAGUUUGCUGGACAGGAACCAGGAUCCAGUGAAGAAAUUCAGGAUGUUGUAUGCACUAGGUUCAAAGCUGAAUUUCCUGUCUUUGAUAAGGUUGAAGUUAAUGGCAAGAAUGCAGAACCACUUUACAAGUUUUUGAAGGAUCAGAAGGGGGGAAUAUUUGGAGAUGGUAUCAAGUGGAACUUCACCAAGUUCUUAAUAAACAAAGAGGGAAAGGUUGUGGACAGAUAUGCUCCUACCACCUCGCCUCUGAAAAUUGAGAAAGACAUUGAGAAGGUCUUACAAUCUUCUUGAGUGCAAAUAUUUGAUUCUAUGCAGUAUGGUAUGAUGCAGAGGAAAUAGUCAAUCUGUCUGGUGCUUUCAAAGGACAAGUAGCUUCUUAAAGCAAGUGAUAUGUUUCGCUGGUUAAUUUAUGGCUGAAAAAUUCUUAUUAUUUCUCGUGCAUUUUUUUUUUUUUGGGUACAGAUAGGGGCAGAGCCCCAUUUUCUCGUGCAUUUGGAUUAUGCAAUAAGUAUAGUUUGUUGUUCUCAAAUCUCCCUCUCUUACCGAAACAAUAAAAUAAUGUAUUUGGAUGCA